UGUUAUGAAAGCUGCGUAGCAUGGUUUUUUCUAAGUCACAAAGCUGUCCGGGUUUUGGAGUAGUCCGAAUCUUAUUUACUACUUGUUAAGGAUCGGGAAUUUCAUUUAUGCUAAUGAUACCUAAUGAUUACAACUACUUGCUAGGAAAGUGUUGUAGUAAACUCUUCACGUAAGCCAGUUAUAAGUUUCACGUAUUUAAUCCCUCAGUUAAUUAAAAAAAUAUUUGUAGCAUAUAACUCACCUGAACUUUUUACACUGCCGAGAAAUCCUGUUGUGAUAUUGGUCCAUAUGAAAGCGACUUUUGUUGUGUGAUGACCUAAGGAAUUUAGUGUUUUUCUCUUCUCGAUUCUGAAACAUUGCCCUACUAAUAAGGCGCGUAUAUUAAUCUCGUAAAUGGUCGUUACACGUUUUAAAGAUUUUCCCCAUGUACGUCCUUUGAUAACUACAGCAGUCGUUUUAUGGAUUUGCGUAAUUAUCUAUUUGAGUUCCAGUUUCUUCAAUUUGGAAAGUAGUGAUCAGCAAAGUUUAGCUUGUCAAAAUUUACUGGAUGUAAUUACUGGUUUAAAAUCGCAAGUCGAUAUCGGGUCGGCAAAUUUAAGAAUAUUUCUUACGUCGUACAAUGAUAAAAACAAAAAAGAAAAUACUAUUGUAAAAAGAGUUGGGAUACAUGGUAUGUCAUAUGAAAUCUUACGUCGUCGUGCUUUGCAGUAUGCUCGUGAAGUCAAGUAUAGUCUUGUUCAACUUGAUAAUGUGGGUGUGAAAAUAAAAACUAUUGAAAACUACUCUUUAAUCAAACCGUUAGAAGUGCAAGUCUCACUGGAGCGAUUAAAAAGUCAGUUACAAGAUAUUUCAUUACACUUGCACGUUGAUAUUGAUGGAAUUGGACGAGUUGACGGUGUGUUGGAAUCACGAAUGAAUUAUCUGGAAUAUUUAUCAAGUGAACUUCAAAGUGAAUUAUUCCAAUUGCAGAAUCCCUCAAGUUGUACAAAAGCUAAAUAUGUGGUUGCCUCGUUAAAUAAACCUUGUGCAUUCGGUUGUAAUGCCCAUCAUUUAAUGCAUUGUUUUCAAAUGGCCUAUGCAACUGGGCGUACAUUAAUCUUGAAUCCUACUGAUGGGGAGGAAUACACACACUGGUGGAUAAAAACUUUUUGCCAUUAUCUCAGAAAUGCAGUAUAAAUGACAUUCAGUCAAAUAUCCAUUCUGAUUGUAAGCUUUCUUUAAAAAUAUUUAUAGUUCCAGUGUAAUCUUGCCGUUCUUCAUUUAUCUUAAGAAUUAUGCUAGUGUGAUGUGGUGCGAUAAUAUCCAUUUUGUUUGAUAUCAAUACACAAAAGAUUUGUUUCUACAAAUAACUUAUCUGUUUACAAAUGACAUAUUUCUUAUGACUUACUUAGGCCUGCUAUGCCUCUUGAGUUCUAGGCUUCUGAAAGAGAUCUCUAAAGUUCUCUUUCAUAUAGUCUCUUACUCAGUUGUUCCGAAGUCGUAUUGAUGAUUUUAGUGUCUCCUUCCAGUUACCAGUGCCCCCAAAUGCCCUGGUAUGGCCGAGAGUGGGGUGGGCCUGCCCUCCCUCUCGAAAUGCUCUCACACGGCCACGCGUAUACAGCCUCUGCUAGGAAGUCCUUCUCACUACCUUCUCGUGGCGAGGGUGUUGUUUACGAAAAUGAGAGGACGAAAGGCGAAUAUACGGCGCUUCAACCGGAUUCCAAACCAAUGGUGCACAUGGGCUUCAGUAUCCUGUGGGGACAAAUGGCGUAUGAACCAAUCGUUGGUCACCGGCUACCAUGGGACUGCAUCUCCUCACGAUGCUCCACUGCCUUUUGGAUUAGACCUUUAGGUUAAAGGCUCGGGGUGUGGCCCCUAAGAAAACCACCUGAUUCGGUCUUAGCACCCGGGCAGUAUCCCAACCCUCGCACAAAUCGAAUGAUUUAUGUGGCUCAUAUAUAUUUGGUGCCUCCUUGUACCAAUGUUUAUGUGUUUAAAUAAAUAAUAAAUACAGUUACCAGUGCCAUAUAUUCUUUGGUCUGCUUAAUCCCCUUUAUCUUUUUUAAUCUGACCGUCCAUUGGAUUUUUGAUUCGGUUCAACAACAAUGUUGAUAAACUUUUCUGGUACUGAAAGUGGUAUGUUACUUCGAUGGUUUUCACACUUAUUAAAACCUUUUUUGUUUGUUAUCUUAAUAAGGUUUUCCUUUUUCCAUUCUUUCUGUACUUGUUCUCCUUCCUAGAUCUUUCAGCAGAGAAUAUAAAAUAUUCUUGGGGUUAGCUCUACAUCUACCGGGUUCUCCAUAAUGUUAUCCAGUGAAACUCAAGUAGUUUUGUGCAUUGAUUUACGGGGGUAAAUGCUUCUACCUAGGACCAUGUUGUCGAAGUGCAGAAAUUCACUAUUGUCUCAUUCUCUUUUCUUUCCUUCAGUCCAUGUCGCCUCAUGAUGUCUUGAUGCCCGUCGUUGUCUACUCUGUCUUUAAUGAUUAGGUCUCCCGUCUGGAUGGUCAGGUCUUUUCUUGGUAAACUGAAGCCUCAUGAAAUUGGCUUUUAUUAUUUUUGCUGCCACCAUUGGUAUUGUUAAGUGUGAAGUAGUACUGGGAGACAUUCAUUGUGAUCUUUUCAUUCUUCGUUUUGAAGGACAGUUUGAUGAUCCUAAAGCCAUGAGUCUCUUAUUCUAUAAGCGCUUUUAGUGUUUCUUUAGAGGUGUUUAGUGCCAAAUAUUUUUAUUUGAUUUAUUAUUUAUGACCAGACUGCAGAACUCCGCCUGGAGCCCCUCCGGGGCUACUGCCGGUCCCAAGCCCGGAUAAAGGAGGAGGGUUGGGCAUGGGGUUAGCGUCCCCAUCCCGUAGAAAACUAACUCGCUAAAAAAACGCUAACCAGAAAAAAUUAUUCAAACC